AUGGCGCGACCAAACGAGGGCAUCUACGGCACGCCGCUCCUCGCCAAACCCGACGACACCGUCGCCGGCAUCUCCGCCGCCGAACGCGGGCGCUCCAACGGCACCCUCACCCCGAACCGCGCCGCCGUGCCCGCCAUCACCAGCGGCGCCCGCCCAGCACUCUCGCGCCGUUCCACCGCCAUGCGCUCCCGCAGCCCGCGCGGCUUCGCCGCCGAGCAAGCCGCGCGCAAGAAAUACACCUAUGCCGCCUUCUUCCUCGUCGUCUCCCUCGUCGCCUUUUGCCUGCAGACGGAGCUGAGCGCGUACAUCCAGCACGAUCUCGGCUGGGACAAGGCCUACUGCAUGAUGUACUUUACCCACAGCUCGUGGGUCGUGCUGUGGCCGACGCAGCUGCUCAUCCUCCGGCUGCAGAAACUCGACCAGCCCUGGCCCGUGUUUUGGCGCCGCCACACGCAGCUGCUCAAGACGACGGCGCUCAUGGUGGAGAUGCAGACGCUCGACGUGUUUGGCACCACGCUGCAGUACAGCGCCCGCUCCGUCCGGUACAUGCUGCGCGUCACGGCCGUCGUCACCAGCGCCCUCACCGUCGCCGGCCUCUCCUGGUAUAUUGCCGUCAGCAUGACGACGCCCUCGGACCUGACUGCCAUCUACAACUGCUCCGCCUUCUUCGCCUAUGCCUUUUCCGUGCCGCUGCUGCGCGAGCCCUUGCGGCUAGACAAGUCAGUCGCCGUGCUCAUUGCCAUUAUCGGCGUCCUCGUCGUCGCAUACGGCGACACCGGUAGCAGCGCCGCAGACGGCAGCGCCGGCACCUCCUCCUCCUCUGGCCCCGACGCCAGCGCUGAGAGUCGCUUCCUCGGCAACAUGGUCAUCGGCUUCGGCUCUGUCCUCUACGGCCUGUACGAGGUCAUGUACAAGCGCUUCGCCUGCCCGCCCGACGGCGUCUCCCCCGGCCGGGGCAUGAUCUUCGCCAACACAUUUGGCUCCCUCAUCGGUCUCUUCACCCUCACCGUCCUCUGGCUCCCGCUGCCGCUGCUGCACAUGCUCGGCUGGGAGACGUUUGCGCUGCCCGAUGCCGCCACCGGUCGCCUCGUGCUGCUCGCGGUCCUCUGCAACGCCGUCUUUAGCGGCUCCUUUCUCGUCCUCAUAUCCCUCACCUCGCCCGUGCUGUCGUCCGUCGCGGCGCUGCUCACCAUCUUCAUCGUCGCCCUCGCCGACUGGGCCCUCACUGGUCAGCCCCUCUCGGCCGCCGCCAUGCUCGGCGGCUCCAUGAUUGUGCUGGCGUUCUUGGCGCUCAGCUGGAGCACCUACCGCGAGAUGACGGAGCACGAGGCGCAGAAGCUGGCCGUGGACCUGACCGACAGCGACGACGAGGACGGCAACCUCAGCGGAAGCGAUUCAUGA